AUAACGGUAAAUAAAAAAAAGAAGAAAAAAUAGAGAACAGGAUAAUUAACCUGGCGCCAGGUUGUUGAUUAUAAGUUCUUUUGUGGCUAUAUUCAAUAGAAUGAAUGUUUAUUAUUGGUAACUGAUAAUCACCCAAUCAGGUAAGCAAUCAAAUCGAUCUCGAUUUAUGUGAUGGCCUACCAUCACACAUCACAUCAACAAACCAGGUUUCUUUUUCAAACUAAUUCCGGUUAAUUGCCAUUUUUUUCGCUUUAACCAUCAAUGAUGGCCACAGGUACCGACCGAUUAACGAGAUUUAAACGUUGGGUGUUUGUUGUGUUGAAUAUCAACCAUAUAUUAUAUAUACUGUAUUUAUAUGUGUAUGUGUGUAUAACUGUGACCUAAAUCCAUCGGUAAUCUUUUGGUGGAAAAAACUGGUUAUACGAAUUGGGCGAAGAUUUUUUUUUUUGUUCUUUGUGUUUGCUUAAAAAUCAUUGUACAAUAACGGUGGUGCUGGUGGAAUAAGAAACAUUAGCUAUCGAAAUAAUCAAAUUGAUUUGAAGAAAGAAUCAAGGUCAUAGAAAUAUAAUAAUAAUAAUAAUUUGUUACACUAUGAUGAUGAGCUGAUUUAUUUAUUUGUUUGUUUGCAUUCGAUUGAAAUAACAGCCCAUUAAUUUGUGAUGAUAGCUUGCUCACUCAUACUCUUGUGUUUAUUAUAUUCGUGCUUAAAUCAUCACACGUGUAUAAAACACAGGCAAAUAUUUUUUAUGUGUUUGUUUCUAAUCGAAUGGACAAUUCAAAUGCAACAAUGGCCAUUCAACAAUCAAAACGAUUAUUACGUAAAGAAAUGGCCUCAAGAUUAGGACGAUUAUCCGCUCAGGAAAUUGAUCGACAAUCAAAAAUAAUACAUAAGAUGUUAUUUCAAAUGUCCGAAUUCAAACAAGCUAAACGUAUUGGUCUCUAUCUGAGUAUGGAUGGUAAAGAAAUCGAUACCCUGGCCAUAUUAAGUGAAUGUUUUGAACGUGGUAAACAAUGUUUUGUGCCCAGAUAUUCAUCGGAUAAUCCUAAUAUGCAGAUGUUACAGAUUUAUAGUUGGCAUGAUUAUGAACAAAUGCCUAUCGAACCAAAAUAUCGAAUCAAACAGCCAUCUUUAGAUGAUUCUACACGAUCAGAUGCCAUGAAUUCAGGUGGAUUAGAUUUAAUUGUAGUUCCUGGUGUAGCAUUCACAUGUAAUGGUCUACGUUUAGGACAUGGUAAAGGAUACUAUGAUCGAUGGUUAAAUCAAUGUCGACAACGAAUUUCAUCCGAUCAAAAUCAUCGAUAUCCAAUUACAAUCGGUCUAUCAUUUGUUGAACAAAUUGUCGAUCAAAUUCCAGUCAAUGAAUUCGAUAUACCCAUUGAUCGAAUAUUAUAUCCAUUGGACAAUGUUUCUCAUUGAUUUAUUGUUGUUUUUGUAUUGGAGACCAAACUUUAUUCCACAAUAAUAAUAAUAAUAAUAUAUAUUCGGCUGAAAGAAAGUUGGGAAUAAAUGAAUGACAAAAAAAAUGAA